AUGCCUCUCGAGACAAGCAAGCCUGAUGGCCAGUCCACCGGUGAAGGUGAUAAACACAGAUACUUGAACAAAGAAAUCAAAGACAUGGUGUCUUCCAUAACUCGCCGCCUUGAAGGUGGUGGCGCUGAUGAUGAUGGUGCCGGAAUUAUCAAACUCGCCGGGACCAAUGUCGGGGCCACAAUGAGAAGCGAGAUGGACGAGGAAUCCGAUCACCGGUAUGGGAUUUCGGUUGGAGAUGAGGGUGAUGCACCGAGUACAUAUGUGAACAGCAAUUUCCAAGCAGUUAACAAUUCAAUCAUGUUGGGCAGCAGCUAUAAUGCGAAUGAUCCAGGCGUCCAUUUGGAUAUCUCAGAUGUCGUCGAACACCAAGGCAAGAAGGCAGCAGAUAAGCCCAGAAGGAGGGGAAAGGAAAAGAGAGCGCAGAUCUGA